CAAAGUCAAAACUAAAGGCUCGUAAGGCUAAAAACAUUAAUUCAGAAAUACGAGGUUUAUCUUUCAAACUGUUGGCUCCGACAUGGCGGGCCGUGUGUCGGUAGAAACGCGCGCGGGUGAGACAGGAGGAGUGACAAAUAUAAACAUUACUGAAGUUGAUACAAACAGAGUAAAUUCGAGUAGAGUGAGUAAGGUUGGAGUAGACACAAGUGGAGCGAACUCGAGCGGAGAGACCCAGCCAAAGAAUGGUGGAGACGCAUUGGAGAGUGCGUUACUCCAAUUGGGACCUUUCGGUCCCUACCAGCGUUAUGUCUUAACCCUCCUCUGCCUACCUAACCUUUUCGCUGCUAUGUAUUCACUGAAUUAUGUAUUUGUCGCGGACUCGGUGCCUUUUAGAUGCAUAGUGCCGGAGUGCGAAGGGGCUGGUGUGUCGUUUGGCAACGAGUCGCUGGCGGCGCUGCAGUCGCCAGACCACUGCCGCCGCUACCGACCACUGGGCGAAGGACUCUCCUGCGCACGAGAAGACUACCACCACAGGGAGACUCUAGAAUGCGAUAACUUCGUCUAUGAGAACUAUGAUACUGUAUAUGCUGAGUUCGGCCUGGCGUGCAGCGAGUGGCGGCGCACCCUGGUGGGCUCGGUGCGCAAUGCCGCGCUGCCACUAGCCCUGCUGCUCACUGGACACGUCUCCGAUCGUUGGGGCCGACGUACUGCAUUCUGCGUGUUCUCAGGAUGCGCUGGCGCGUUGGGUCUGAUCAAGUCAUUCUCCCUCAACUACUAUAUGUAUGUGGCUCUCGAGUUCCUCGAGGCGGCGCUCGGGUACGGCUUCGGCAGUGCCGCUUAUGUUAUGGUGGUAGAGCUAGCCCGUCCAUCGCUACGCGCGCCGUUCGCGUGCGCGACUGGCGUGGCGUACGGUCUGGGGGGCGUGGUGUUCGCGUUGCUGGCGUGGCGCGUGCCGUACUGGCGCUGGUUGGUGCGCACAGCAUACGCGCCCGCGUUGUUGCUACCGUUCUAUUGUCGCCUAAUCGAUGAGAGCCCGCGCUGGCUGCACGCUGCGGGCGACACGCAGGGAGCCGCGGGUGUUCUCAGGAAAGCAGCCCGCUGGAAUAAGGUCACAAUAAAUGAAAACAUAUUAAAAUCUAUCAUCGCAAACGAGAAGGCAGACACAGAGGAUGUGGAGGGUAAGAAGAGUGGUGUGUUGCCAUGGUCGACGCUAGUGACGUCACGACCACUGCUGCUGCGUCUGGCGGCUUGCGGCUGGUGCUGGGCGGCCGCAGCCUUCGUCUACUACGGACUCACCAUCAACUCGGUCGCGCUCUCCGGCGACAAGUAUGUAAACUUCGCACUAAACAUGACAAUGGAGAUGGUGGCCUCGCUGCUGAUCAUGAUGUCGCUAGAACGCGUGGGCCGCAAGCGCACCGUGCUCGCCGCCUUCCUGCUCUGCGGCGUCGCUUGUAUCGCGCCGUUCUUUGUCACGCACUCGGGCGCGGGGCUGGGGCUGUACUUCGCGGGCAAGCUGGCGGCGACGGCGGCGUUCAACUCGCUGUACGUGUUCACGACGGAGCUGUUCCCGACGGGCGUGCGGGCGCGCGCGCUCACCGCCGCCUCGCUGCUCGGCCGCGUCGGCUCCGUGCUCGCGCCGCAGACGCCGCUACUGAGUAAAGGUGUGCAGACGGCGCUGUACGCGGGGUGUGCGCUGUCGGCGGCGCUGGCGCUACUGAACUUCGUGUAA